AUGGCCUCUCUUCGCACCAGCCUUGCGAUCUGGCUAUGGGGCCCAGAACCCAAGGACCGUGAGCUGUUGGCUAAACUCGACGUGACACUACUUCCCUACUUCUCGUUGAUAUGGUUUCUUUUCGGCGUAACUCGCGCCAGUUAUUCCACUGCCUAUAUCAGCGGCAUGAAAGAGGCCCUCGGCUUCGAGGGCAAAGAGUACAACUACAUGAGUACAGCGUAUCUGGUCGUAUACGCUGUGUGCCAGAUGCCAGGGACCAGUCUUUUGACUAUCGUUCGACCCAAAUAUGUUUUCGUCACUGCCAAUGUCACAUGGAGCGUUUUGACUCUCAUCACAUACAAGAUGACCCGCGCGUGGCAGGUCAUUCUGUUGAAUGCGAUCGAAGGAGGGUUCUCGGCCAUUGCAUAUGUGGGCGCCCAGUUUAUUCUUGGCUCGUGGUACAAAAAGUCUGAGCUCGGAAUUCGGGCUGCGGUGUUCUGCGUAUUUGGACAUGUGGGAAGCAUGGCCGGUGGCUGGAUCCAGGCAGGGCUGCUGCAGACGCUGGCAGGGAAAGGUGGUCUUCCGGCCUGGAAAUGGAUCUUCAUUAUCGUCUCGGUAAUGACUGUGCCAGUGGCUCUUUUUGGCUGGGUCUUUAUUCCUGAUCUACCGGUGCACCGUGCGGCCUGGUAUCUCACCAGCGAGCAAAAGGAGCAUGCCGUUGCUCGUCUAGGUUCACCGCGCAAAGAAUCCUGGGAUGUGACUGUAUUCAGGCGUGUGCUUUUGAGCUGGCAGUUCUGGCUCUUGCCGAUGAUUUUCAUGCUAUAUUCCCUCUCCGUCCAAAUGCUACAAAACAAUGUGAUGGCCUACUGGAUGGCCGGACAAGGCUACACAACCAUUCAACAGAACAACUAUCCCACGGGCAUCUACGCAACCGCUAUUGUCGGCACCGUCCUGUACGCAAUUAUCUCUGAUAAGCUCAAAUCACGCUGGGAGGUAUCCAUCGCCAUCGGCCUUACAUUCAUCAUCGGCUCAGCCAUUCUCGUAUCAAACCCCUCCACAGACGCAGGCUACUUCGUCGCCUUUUAUCUUCUGGGAACCACUUUCGCACCACAGGCAGUCUGGUACUCGUGGCUCGCCGAUGUGACAAGCCAUGAUUUCCAACUCCGUGCUAUUGCAACAGGAUUCAUGAACUCAUUCGACUUUGCGUUUGUUACGUGGUGGCCGCUGAUAUUUUAUCCAGCGACCGAUGCGCCGGAUUUUCAUAAGGGGUAUGUCGCGAGUUUGGUGACGGGGGCUCUGACUCUACCGCUGAUUGGGUUGAUUGCGUAUCUGGAGAAGAGAGAUACAGCUCGUGGGGUGAUUGGAAGGGUUGCGAUAGAUGAUUCUAUUGUUGACGAUGACGGUUCGCGAGAAGGGGAGCCGAGUAAAUUGUUGAAUCCGCCGGUGAACGUUCGAGCUAGAGAGGUUGAUGUUUAA